GACCUCACCAACCUGAUUCACACCAAGUACCCACAGCUCUUGUCGGGCAUUCGGGGGAUCUCUGAGGAGACCACGACCGGAGCCCACAACCUGUACAAGAUGAAGGCCAAUGGGAUCCUGAAGGUGCCUGCCAUCAACGUCAAUGACUCUGUCACCAAGAGCAAGUUUGACAACCUCUACGGCUGCCGGGAGUCCCUCAUCGAUGGCAUCAAGCAGGCCACAGACGUGAUGAUUGCCGGCAAAGUGGCCGUGGUCGCAGGCUAUGGUGACGUGGGCAAGGGCUGUGCCCAGGCCCUCAGGGGUUUCGGGGCGCGUGUCAUCAUCACUGAGAUCGACCCCAUCAACGCGCUGCAGGCCGCCAUGGAGGGCUACGAGGUCACCACCAUGGACGAGGCCUGUCAGGAGGGCAACAUCUUUGUCACCACCACGGGCUGUGUCGGUAUCAUCCUUGGCCGGCAUUUUGAGCAGAUGAAGGACGAUGCCGUUGUGUGUAACAUCGGACACUUUGACGUGGAGAUUGAUGUCAAGCGGCUGAACGAGAACUCGGUGGAGAAGGUGGACAUAAAACCUCAGGUGGACCGCUACCGGCUGAAGAACGGGCGCCGCAUCGUCCUCCUGGCUGAGGGCCGGCUGGUCAACUUGGGCUGCGCCGUGGGCCACCCCAGCUCCAUGAUGAGCAACUCCUUCACCAACCAGGUGCUGGCGCAGAUAGAACUGUGGACCCACCCGGACAAGUACCCCGUUGGAGUCCACUUCCUGCCCAAGAAGCUGGAUGAGGCAGUGGCUGAAGCCCACCUCGGGAAGCUGAACGUGAAGCUGACCAAGCUGACGGGGAAGCAGGCCCAGUACCUGGGCAUGCCGGUGGACGGCCCCUUCAAACCCGCUCACUACCGUUACUGACAGCCCCGCCUGCCCCUCACCUGCCAGCUGGUGUCCCUGCCCGGGCCCCCAUUCCCCCCAAGAACACACGGCACUAAUUUGA